AUGGCAACUGCAUAUGAUGUACAGACGUAUUUGCUGGAUGAGUCCAAUAUCCAGGACACAGUGACACGCAUGAUGUACGCCUUUGACAACAAAGAUUCGUCAAUGUUGAUAGAUCAAGUGUAUGCGCCAGAAAUCCAUCUCGACUACGAUACACUGCUACUCGGCGGCAAACCAGAAGUCAUCACCAGCAAAGCAUGGGCAGAUAGACUGGAACAUAUGCAUGAUGCUUACGAUACCACCCAACACACUGUGCACAACUUUCUCAUCGAAUUGCCUCAGCCACCAUCCGCCAAUAAAGAGGUUGCAAGACCAGACAGCUGUAUAGUCUAUGCGCAUGCAGAUGGAUGGUUCUACAACCGCAAUGCAGAGGGGCGACCACGAAUUAUGUGUCGGCGCAAUGGAGGCAAAUAUCGUUUGGAAGUUGUUCGACUCAAGGAUAAGGAAGAGCGAGGAGAGAAUCCUUGGAGGGUUUGCAAACAGCGUGUAAAGUUAUCGUGGCAGGAUAUGGGAAGCCAGUAG